UAGAAAAGGGUCUGAGACUGUGACUCUGUAAUGUAAUGGAGCGUCUUCUCUAUAACUAUAACCAUUAAAAUUCUCUCUCCCUCUCUCUCUGUAUUCACAGACCAAACCAUCAUUCGUCUCUCGAGACAAGCUUUCCUCGAACCCUUAAACCAAAAGCAAAAACAGAUACCCUUUUCAGUCUUUUUGACUCUAUCUCUUUUCCCUCUGGAAUUUAGAGAGAGAAAGAUAGCUUUUUUAUCUUCUGCUUCUUCUUCUUCUUCUUCUCUCCACCUGGCUUCGUUUCGUUGUCACUUUAUUAUAUACUGCUCUGCAUGAAACAGAGUCUCUCUGAGUUCAAACUUUAUUGUAUGCCAUGAAAUACAUUAGGACCAACAGCCUUAAAAGGCUCUUCUCUCUUAAACGACGCAGUUUGGAAGAAGCAGCUGUAGAGAAGAAAGCUCCAAACCCCAAUGGUGAAGAAGACUGUGUUGGAGUUGUAGGAACCGAGUCUUUUCAGAGACCCAUUUGGAAAUGCUUCUCUUUUGAAGAAAUCUCCGAGGCCACCGAUGGUUUCAGCUCAGAUAAUUUGGUCGGAAAAGGAGGCUACGCAGAGGUAUAUAAGGGAGUUUUGAGAAAUGGAGACGAAGUAGCUGUGAAAAGGCUCACGAAAACAGCUUCGGAUGAGAGAAAAGAGAAAGAGUUCUUGACUGAGAUUGGAACCAUUGGCCAUGUCCACCAUAGAAACGUUUUAUCACUCCUUGGCUGUUGUAUUGACAGUGGUCUUUACCUCAUUUUCCAAUUCUCUUCCAUAGGCUCUGUUGCUUCUCUUCUCCAUGGUGAGAAUUUGGCACCUAUGGAUUGGAACACAAGGUAUAACAUAGCCAUUGGUACAGCCAGAGGCCUCCAUUAUUUGCACAAUGGCUGUCAGAGAAGGAUAAUCCAUAGAGACAUUAAGUCAUCCAACAUUCUUUUGACUACAGAGUUUGAACCACUGAUAUCUGAUUUUGGACUAGCAAAAUGGCUUCCAUCUCAAUGGACUCAUCAUUCAAUUGCUCCUAUAGAAGGGACAUUUGGGCACUUAGCUCCUGAGUACUAUAUGCAUGGAAUUGUGGAUGAGAAAACAGAUGUGUUUGCCUUUGGAGUUUUUCUAUUAGAGAUCAUUUCAGGCAGGAAGCCAGUAGAUGGUUCUCACCAGAGCUUACACACUUGGGCCAAACCAAUAUUGAAACAAGGAGAAAUUGAAAAACUGAUUGAUCCAAAGCUGGGAGGGGCCUAUGAUGUUACUCAGCUGAAAAGACUUGCCUUUGCUGCAUCACUUUGCAUAAGGUCACUCACAAAAUGGCGGCCUACCAUCACCAAGGUUUUGGAGGUUAUGGAAGAUGAGGAGAUAGACCAAGAAAUUUUGAAAAUGCCAGAGGAGGAAGAAGAAGAGCAAGAUGAGUUCUGGGGUUUUGAAGAUCUAGAGUAUGAAAGUGACAGUUCCUUCUCACUUUCUCCCCAAGAUUCAGUCUCAACAAAAAGUUCUAUAAAAGAGUAGAGUUAACUAACUAUAUAUACACUUAAUGGAAUAGUUAAAAGUGGUUGUUUUAUCAACAUUGUAAAUAUAGAUCCAACACAAACAAAAUAUUAGUAUUAAGUCACAGCAGAUUUGAAAAUUGUCUGCAAGGAAACCCCACUUUCCUUUCCAAUCAAACUUUUAAUAUAUAUAUAUAUAUAUAUAUAUAUAUGCGUGUGUGUGUGUGUAUGGAUGGAAAAAAGUUUCCUUGAUGUGCAAUGUUUCAUCAUGAUUAGACUCUUGUGGAGUCAGUGUUGUUACAACAAAGCAAUAUAUACCACUUUCUAUGCUAA